AUCAUUCAUAGAACUGCUCUUCCUAAUAUUGGCGAUGAAUUGCACCACAGUGGAUGGAACGCAUGCAGCAGUUGCAAGAUGUGUUCGGUGCGUCGUAGUUACUUAAUUGCUCCUGGAAUAAAUUCGGACAGAAUUUACAUUAUUGACGUUGAAACUGAUCCACGAGCACCACGUAUACACAAGGUAGUUGAUACCGAAGAAUUUCAUGAAAAGGGUAAGGCCGGUGGUCCUCAUACAGUGCAUUGUUUGCCAAGUGGUGAUGUCAUGAUAAGCUGCUUAGGUGAUGAAACUGGAGAAGCUAAAGGUACUUUUGUACUAUUAGAGCAAGGCACAUUCAAAGUGAAAGGCACAUGGCAAGACGAAAAUGAUAGUGUUGAAUUUAACUACGAUUAUUGGUAUCAGCCUCGCCACAAUGUCAUGGUUAGCACAGAGUGGGCUGCACCCAAUGUUUUUAGAAAUGGAUUUUUUCUGGAAGACGUACAAAAAGGUCAUUACGGUCACAGUAUUAACAUUUGGGAUUGGACUACCAGAAAGCGAAUCCAGCGAAUGGAUUUAGGAGCAGAAGGUCUAAUUCCACUGGAAGUUAGGUUCCUUCACAAUCCUGAUUCAGCCAUUGGAUUUGUAGGAUGUGCUCUAUCGUCCACAGUUUUCAAGUUUCACAAGCACAGCGAUGGUUCUUGGAAAUCUCAAUUGGUCGCAAGAACUCCAAACAAAAAAGUAGCAAACUGGAUUCUUCCUGAAAUGCCGGGAUUGAUAACAGAUAUUUUGAUAUCUAUGGAUGAUCACUAUCUUUAUGUGAGCAACUGGCUUCACGGAGAUAUCAGACAGUAUGAUAUUUCAGAUACAGAAAAUAUAAAGCUUACCGGACAGGUAUUUCUUGGAGGCAGCAUAUGUAAAGGAGAAAAAGUUAUUGUUGUUGAAGAUGCAGAGCUGAAGGUUCAGCCAGAGAGACCUCAUAUAAAAGGAAUUCCUGUUCGUGGAGGGCCUCAAAUGCUGCAAUUAAGUCUGGAUGGUAAAAGACUGUAUGUUACAAAUUCAUUGUUCAGUGCUUGGGAUAAACAGUUUUACCCAGAGAUAAUAGAACAAGGAUCGAUGAUGCUUAUGAUUAAUGUAGACACCGAGAAAGGUGGUUUACAGCUGGAUCAAAAUUUUCUUGUAGACUUUUCUAAAGAAGGAAAUAUUUUAGCACAUGAAAUUAGAUUUCCUGGUGGUGACUGUACCUCAGAUAUAUGGGAUUAGUAAAACAAAGAUACUUGCAAAAACAACAAGCUGAAGUGUUUUUUUUUUUUUGCUAGUAAAGCUGAAAGUUUUUUGUAUUAAUGUGUUUCAAGAUUAUGAAAUAAUAUGUAUCAUUUUGCCCAUUUAAGAAGUAAUAAUUAAAUCAUAAGAUGUUUUUUACGGCAAUUUUCAUUCGAAGUUUGAUGUUCUUUUCUUUCUGGAAAAGCGCUGACUGUAAAAGAUUGUUUGAAUUAAAGUAUAUUUUUCAUUUAA